AUGGAAAAUCCGCGAUCCCAGAUUGGGUUUAGUGUCCCGAACCUCUUCACCUGGCAGGUCGAUGGAAGCCAACCGGCAACGGGCAAGCUGGACGCUGUGUGCUCUGUACAACCUCAACCACCCACUCUGCCACCUAACGACCUGGCGCGCGGUCCUGAUCUCAACCAGACGUACGGACAACGUGAAUCUUUGCCUAAUCUGACCAGUCUCGACCUCACGCCUGCCAUAAUGAACCCCAAUCUGAGCUGUCCCGAUUCCUUAACCCAGCUUUCCGCUCUCGUAGAGCAAACGCUCAUUGAGACGGGGCGAAUGUUUCGGAGGUCCAACGCCUCACCCGCCAGCACUCAUGUUCAGCGCUCCGUCCCCACAUACUAUGACGGCUUCCAGGAUGCUUUGGACAAUCUUUCCGAGCAAAUAUUCAUCGCCAAGGCCUUCUUGGAAAGGGAUUACGGAGCGAUCAAAACCCGCGAGACAGUACACGUGCCGAAUGAAGACGUGUCGAUGAGCGAAAUCGCUCAAAAGUCCGAGGCAAGCCCAGAGAUCCAGCGCCACGAGCCGGUCGAUUCCCCGACAAAACCUCUCAAGGUCGAAUCUACGGCAGACGAGAACCCACCGGCGACCCUCACUACCCCCGUAGUCGCGGCAUCUCACAAUGAAUCUGACGAACAAAAGAUGAAGACGGAAGAAAAAGACCCCGAGCCCGAGCCGACCACGGAUCAAACAUUCCUUGGGUCCGGUGAAGGCAUGAAAUUUGACGUUCUUAAUGAGGGCGGAGCACACAACUCUUUCGACCUCAACUACGAUUUUGGCAACGACGACACUGGCAAUCAAGCGUUUCUCUCCGGAACGUCUUUCGGAAAUCCCACGCCGAGCGCGGAUAAGGGAGGGCCCGGAGUAUCAUCAAAUCACAAUCCUGCCGCCCCUACUGGAGGAGGCGCCUUCGACAUGGAGUUGGGCAAGACCGAUGGCAACCUGAAUUCAUUCACAGAUCCCACCAAUGGAAUGGACGACAUGAUUGGGCCAGGAGAGUCAAGUUUUGACGAUCUAUUUAUGGAAAAUGACAACAUGGGGGGUGGCGGGGGUGAUCUCCAGCAAUUGGAGGGCAACAGCCUGAUGGGAAUCAACGAGAUGGAUGAUAGCUGGUUCAGCUAA